CCACAGAAGAAGACGUCCCGGAAGUGCAGCAGCCUGUCUAACGGAGCUAACGGAGUGUUCAGUGUGUGUCCAUCAUGGUUCUGAGGGAGCUCCCUGCCGACCCGCUGGCCCGGCCUCUGGGCAGGAACGAGGUUCUGGGUCUUCUGUUCCGGCUCACCGUGUUCGGAGCCGUCACGUAUUUCACCAUCAAGUGGAUGGUGGACGCCAUCGAUCCCACCAGGAAGCAGAAGCUGGAGGCUCAGAAGCAGGCGGAGAAGCUGAUGCGUCAGAUCGGAGUUAAAAAUGUGAAGCUGUCUGAAUAUGAGAUGAGUAUCGCUGCUCACCUGGUGGAUCCUCUGACCAUGCAGAUCACCUGGAGGGACAUAGCAGGUCUGGAUGAGGUCAUCACUGAGUUGAAGGAGACAGUGAUCUUACCUGUCCAGAAGAGACACCUGUUCCAGGGAUCCCGGCUGCUGCAGCCUCCUAAAGGUGUGCUGUUGUACGGGCCGCCGGGCUGCGGUAAAACGCUGAUCGCCAAGGCAACGGCCAAGGAGGCGGGGUUUCGCUUCAUCAACCUGCAGCCGAGCACGCUCACUGAUAAAUGGUACGGAGAGUCCCAGAAGCUCGCUGCUGCUGUCUUCUCAUUGGCUGUUAAACUGCAGCCGUCAAUCAUCUUCAUCGAUGAGAUAGACUCGUUCUUGAGGAGCAGGUCCAGUUCUGAUCACGAGGCGACGGCUAUGAUGAAAGCUCAGUUCAUGAGUCUGUGGGACGGACUGGACACGGACUGUCACUGCCAGGUGAUCAUUAUGGGAGCCACAAAUCGUCCUCAAGAUCUGGACUCUGCGAUUCUGAGGAGGAUGCCGACCAGGUUCCACAUCAACCAGCCUAGUCAGCGUCAGCGAGAGGAAAUCCUGAAACUCAUCCUGGAGAACGAGAGUGUGGAUUCCUCGGUCGACCUCGUCGACGUCUCCAAGGAGACGGACGGAUUCUCAGGAAGUGACCUCAGAGAGAUGUGCCGCGACGCGGCGCUGCUGUGCGUCCGAGACUUCGUCCACGCCCAGAACGACAGUGUUUCAGAGGAUUUCAUUCGUCCGAUCCAUCAGAACGACAUGCAGAAGGCCGUCGGGAAGAUGAAGAAGUCGAAGACGGCGGGCGGACACGGCGUCCUGCAGCACGCCGCUCUGGACUGAACACGCCGCUCGCUUCUGUUUAUUGAUCAGCUGAUCGAUUAUUACGUCGUUUCAUCAUCACUUCCUCUCUGACGUCAUGUGAUGUUCUCGUUGCCUCUGAUUGGUGCAAACAUGUAAAUAAACAGUUUGUUCAUAUUUGAGUUUUAAUAAAGUUUUUUUUCCCUCUUUGUUUGAAACGACGUGUAAAUAAAACUAAACAGGAAGUGGAGCUUCAUGAUUUUUACAUAUGUGCUUUUAUUUUGGAAUUGUUUGUUUAUAAAAUGUGAAAUAAAUGUGACAAAGUUUCAGUUUGGAAUCAGC